UCGCUCGAAACGUUUAGAAGCAUUUUCAGUUUGUAUUCUCUGGUUUCUGGUUCUGCAUUGCACCGCGUCCCCCGUCGUCUAGUCUAAAUACGGCCGCCGGGUCGGUGUUAAACGUUAAUUUCAUUGAUUUUCCCCACAUUUAUUUAUGGAAUUUAUUGGUUUUAAAGUGAUUAAUCAAAACGAAAACAUGAAUUGUGCCACACAUUCGAAAAUGUACUUCUGAUAAACAACCUGAGAGUUUCAUCCGUGGCAAAGUUUUGUGGGCAAUCAUUAAGCUAAACACGUAACGUUCACUCAGGUAUCUAAGAACAACAAAUACAAUUACAAAACAUACAGCAACAAACAGUAAACAGCAACUACAACAACAACAACAACUACAACAAUGACGCCAGAAAAAUCGGUUUUAGCAUAUAUCAAUCAUUUGAUAGUCAGCAAUUUUUCAUACUUCUGGGACGAAAUCGAUGGGUAUCUCAAUUACUUUGGUGGAACGAUAGGUGCACUGACCUUGACCAGCGUGGCGGCCAGUAUUGCCUACUACUUUGUAACGCGACCAAUACCGGAAAAACCAUUAGUGCCUCUGGAAAAUCAAUCCCCAAUGCUGGAGGGUCCAGAACAAAUACACGUCUCUAAAUUCUACAAGGAGUCGAAGAAUGGUAAAUUUGUAUCCUACAUCACAGAGAAUGUACGGACGCUGUACCAAACGUUCCGCGAAGGUGCCUAUGCAUCCAACAAUGGUCCCUGCCUGGGUUGGCGAGAGACCCUAACGUCGCCUUAUCAGUGGAUCAACUAUGAUGAGGCGCUAUUGCGUGCCAAGAAUUUUGGAGCGGGGAUGUUGGCACUUGGUGCGCGACCCAAACAGUUGAUUGGCAUAUACUCGCAGAAUCGGCCCGAAUGGAUAUUGUACGAGCAGGCAUGUUACUCCUUCUCCCUCGUGGUGGUGCCCCUGUACGAUACUCUGGGUCCAGAUGCCUGUGCUUUUAUCAUACGCCAGACGGAGAUGGCCAUCAUUAUCGUGGAGGACGAUGUCAAGGCAGCAAUGCUGCUGGAGAAGGCACCGCGUAGCCUGAAGAUCAUAGUGUCCAUCAAGCCCAUACGCCAGACGACUCUGGAGCGGGCGCGCAGUCGUGGUGUCCAGAUCUUCUCGUUCAUCGAUGUGGAGAAACUGGGAGCCAAGGGCAAUCAUCCAGAGGUGCCACCCGCAUCGGAGGAUCUGUGCACAGUGUGCUAUACGUCGGGCACCACCGGCAACCCAAAGGGCGUAAUGCUCACACACGGCAAUGUGGUGGCCGGAGUCUGUGCCGUCAUCCUACAAAUGGGCGAUCAUCGCAUCCGGGCCGGAGAUGUGAUGGUCUCCUUUCUGCCGCUGGCGCACAUGUUCGAGCGUUGCUGUGAGAAUGGCAUGUACUAUGUGGGCGGAUGCGUGGGAUUCUACUCCGGAGACAUUAAGGAGCUCACUAACGAUCUAAAGAUGCUAAAGCCGACGGUGAUGCCGGCGGUGCCUCGUCUCCUGAAUCGUGUCUACGACAAGAUACAGAAUGAUAUAUCCGCCUCGGGGCUGAAGCGUGCUCUGUUCAACAUGGCUCUCAAGGCCAAGGAGAAGGAGAUUGCCCGUGGAGUGCUGCGUCGCAACGGAUGCUGGGACAAACUGGUCUUCAAGAAGGUUCACCAGGCAUUCGGCGGCAAUCUUCGGCUCAUGGUCGUCGGCUCAGCGCCUCUGGCUGGCAAUGUCUUGACCUUUAUGCGAUGUGCCCUCGGCUGUCUGGUGCUAGAGGGAUACGGACAGACGGAAUGCACCGGUGCCAUAACGCUGACAGUUCAGGGUGAUCAUGUCCCCAAUCAUGUCGGUCCUCCUGUCUCCUGCAACGCCGUCAAGCUGGUCGAUGUCCCCGAAAUGGAAUACUUUGCCAAUCAGAACACUGGUGAAGUUUGUGUCCGCGGCUCCAAUGUGUUUCAUGGUUACUAUAAAGACCAAGAGAAGACGGCGGAAGCCAUCGAUUCCGAGGGUUGGCAUCAUACGGGCGAUGUCGGCAUGUGGUUGCCCAAUGGAACACUGAGGAUCAUCGAUCGUCGCAAGCAUAUCUUCAAGCUCAGUCAGGGAGAGUACAUAGUGCCGGAGAAGAUUGAGAAUAUCUACACGCUGAGUCAAUAUGUCAAUCAAGUUUAUGUCUACGGCGAGAGCUUAAAGAGUUGUAUUAUCGCUGUGGUUGUACCUGAUAUGGAUGUACUAAAGCAAUGGGCCACGGAGAACAAUGUUCGGGGCACCCUGUCCGUCCUGUGCAAUAAUAAGAAUGUGAAGGAACUGAUCAUGAACGACAUGCUCAAUUGGGGCAAACAGAGUGGACUGAAGUCAUUCGAACAGGUUAAAGAUGUGUAUUUGCAUCCCGAUCCCUUCUCGGUACAAAAUGGACUCCUGACGCCCACAUUCAAGGUUAAGAGGCCGCAAUUAAAGAGCUACUUCAAGCCACAACUGGAAGAUAUGUAUAAACAUUUGGAUUAAUGAAUUAAACCAUAGAACACCAAGAACAACAACGAACAAAUUAAAAAGCAUUCAAAAUGAAUAACAGAAUAACUUUAUAUGUAUCUUAACGGAUCAUAAAAAAGACUACCAUACAAUACAAUACACAAUACAAUACAAUAUUUUGAAUACCAAGAAAAGAAUACAAAAGAAAUGAUAAGAAGAGCAAAUAAGAGAAAAAUGCUAACAAUAUUUGUGAUAAUAUUGUUGUAGAUCUUUAAUGAACAGCAGUCUAAUUUUUUAUAGUUCCGUCAAUUCUUAGCAAGUAAGCAGCGCAAGAUAUAAUACAAUAUACAAUACAUAUACAUAAAACCAUAUACGUAUGUACUAUAGAGAUGAAGGUACAGAUUCUUAACUGACAAACGACUUUUGGCAGAAGCAUUUUUCAAUAUAAUUUAAUUGAGGACUAGCAGCACUUUAUCAAAAAUAACACAUUAACUAAUAUGUUAACUAUUUCUUAACAUCUGACCCAAUGGUUUAGUUGAAGGGAGAAAAUGUUUCAAUUUUAGCAAAAAUUGCGUAGUCUGAACGAAAACAUAUACAUACAUGAUUAACAUAUUGAGAACGAGAAUAUUAAAAGAUUAAAAUAAAACAAAAAAAA